AGAUGAGACCAUCGAUAUCCACCAAACGCUCAUCCGCAAAGAUAACACCAAUUACAAAGAACCACUCUUCACCAUCCUCUCCACUCCAUUUCAAGUAAUUCAAAGCAAAUAAAGCAAAAAUAAAUGGCCAUGAAGCUGUGGGCUUCUUCAACAGCCAAGGCGCUUAAGAUCUCCUGCGCCAAUAGAACCAGAGCCACCCCUUCUCUCACCUUCUCCGUCUCCAGAUGUUUCUCUACUGUUUUGGAUGGUUUGAAGUACAGCUCUUCUCAUGAAUGGAUCAAACAUGAAGGCUCAGUUGCCACUAUUGGCAUCACUGACCAUGCUCAGGUUCUGCACUUCAAUGGCUUGCAGGGCCAUUUAGGAGAAGUUGUGUUCGUCGAGCUGCCGGAAUCCGGCAGCACGGUAGCGAAAGGCGGAAGCUUUGGCGCAGUGGAGAGCGUCAAAGCCACCAGCGAUGUGAACUCUCCCAUUUCAGGCCAAGUGGUGGAGGUCAACAGUAAGCUCACGGAAGCUCCUGGCCUGAUCAAUUCGAGUCCGUAUGGAGAUGGAUGGAUGAUUAAGAUUCGACCGAGCAGCCUUUCCGAGCUGGAAGGUUUGAUGGAUUCUGGAGAAUACACCAAGUUUUGCGAGGAAGAAGAUGCUCACCAUUAAAGCAACAGGGAAAUCAUGCAUUUUGCUGUUGUUGUUCUUUACACGAAAUUUCUUUUGAAUUAUCCUUCAUUCAAAGAGUGCUUAUAAUUCCAAGCAAACUUAAUUUGGGGAUUUCUUUCUCGUUAUUACAUGUUUGAUUUGAUUGAGAUUCGCUGCAAUUUUGGUUUAAAAACUGAUUGAUAAAAUUCCCCUGUUGUUAGAA